AGUUAAAAAAGAACGACCACCAACACCUGAAUUAGAAAUAACUGAAAAACCAAUUGAUAUUAAUGAUUUUGAAGAAGUUAUUGAUUCAAAAACAGGUAUGAAAGUACUUAAAUUAAAAGUUGAUGUAGCUAAACGAGCUGGUAUGAUGGAACUACUUGAUGCUCAAUUUGAAACUUAUAUCGAUGAAAAAACUGGUAAACAAGCUAUUCGAGUUAAACAAAUUGAUGGUAGCAAUGGACCAGAUGAUAUUAAAUUUGAAAUAGUAACUGAUGCAUCAGGUAAACAAGUACUUCGAAUGGUUCAAGAAAUUCCAAAAACAAUUGAAGUAACUAAUGUUGAUGUAAAUGUUAAUGAUUUUGAAGAAGUUAUUGAUGUUAAAACUGGAAAAAAAGUUUUACGUAUGAAAAAAGAAAUUGCAAAACGAAAAGGUUUUGUUGAUAUGGAUAAUGUUGAUUUUGAAUUUGUAAUUGAUGAAAAAACUGGACAACAAAUUAUACAAAUAAAAGGUGGCACAGGAAAAAUAACAAAAGGUAAUACAAUAUUUGAAAUGGUUAUUGAUCCUAAAACUGGUCAACAAACAUUACGUAUGAAACAAGAAGUUGAAGUUAAAUAUGAAACAAUUGAAAAUGAUUUAGUUCACGAAGAUUUUGAGGAAUUUAUUGAUGAAAUAACUGGUGAACGUAUUCUUAAAUUAACAGCUGAAGCAGCAGCAAGAAAAGGUCUUAAUGAUUUACGUGAUAUUGAAUUUGAAAUUUAUAAAGAUCCAACAACUGGUCAAGAACAAAUACGAAUGAAAGGUGGUAAUCAAACAGGAAAAUUAGAUGGUGAUCAAAAAUUUGAAGUUUAUAUUGAUAAAAAAACUGGCCUACCAAAAGUAGUUCUUAAACGACCAAAAGGACGAACACCACCACCUGUAGAGGCAUCAAUUGAUGUAAAUGAUUUUGAAAAAGUUAUUGAUCCUAUAACUGGAAAAGAAUUUUAUCGUCUUACUAAUGAAGCAGUUCGUCGAAAAGGAUUAACCAAUGUUAAAGAUAUGGAAUUUGAUAUGGAAAUUGAUGAAACAACUGGAAAAGCAGUUAUGAAACCUAAAGUUAGCGUUAUAGGCGGACAAAAAGUUGAAAUUAUUAUUGAUCCACAAACUGGUGAACAAUCAAUUCGUAUUAUACCACAAAAAACUAUAGAACGAAUGGCAACAAUAACAACAUCAAUUGAUUUAGAUAAAGAUGCAUUUACAAUUCAUAUUGAUCCAACAACAGGAAAAGAAGUUAUUAGUUUAAGUAAAGAUUUAAUUGAAAAUUAUGGAUUAGAAAAUAUUGAAUUUGAACAAGUUAUUGAUGAAACAACUGGACAAACAAUUUAUCGAAUGAAACCUGCUAUUGGAAAAGAUGGAAAAAUUUAUGAAUUAAUCACUGAUCCAACAACUGGAAAACAAUCAUUACAAGUCAAAGAAACAGUAACACAAGAACAAUUAACAAAUCUUAUUCAAAGUCGAGAAGCUAAAGGACUUCGAAUUCCAAGAGCAACCAGUGGACAUACUAAAAUAUCUGGUGCAAAUAAUGAAGAAAGUUUCUUACCUUCUGGAAUUUCAACACGAACAAAGAAAAAACCAGGUAUUGCAUUAUCUCCUGAUGACAAUAUGACAUCACCAACCGAUGGUUUAACUGAUGAAAAUAGACGUCAAUCACAAAUUCCAUCAAAAUCACGACCAAUCAGAGUAAAAAGUCCUUCCGGACAAGACUAUGAUAUUGAAUGGACAUCUGAUGAUGAAAAAGAAUUAGAUGGUUUAAGUGUUUAUGAACAACGAAGACGAAAAGAACAAAUACUAGCUGAGAAAAAACGUAAAGUAGCUGAAAUGAAACGACAACAAGAACUAGCAAUUCAAAAUCGAUUAAAAAAACAACGUGAAAGUUUAGUUGAUAUUAUUGAUCAUUCAAGUGGACUUUUAAAUCCUGAAGAACAAGAUCGUGUUGCACAAUGGGAACGUGAUUUACGUAAAUUAGAUAGUGAACGUGGUGGUCUAACUGAUGAAGAAUAUCAAGAACGUCGAAAAAAAUUAUUUGCUGAACGUACUCGUGUACUUAAAGCAGCAUAUGAUAGAAAAAUGGAUCGACUUAAACGACAAACAGGUAUUCCAGAUGGUGGUUAUGUCGAUGGAGAACAAGCAGCUGAAUUAGAAGCACAAAUUCGUGCUGAAGAAGAUUUAUUAUUAAGUAUGAUGAAUCCAGAAGAACGUGAAGAUUAUAUUCGAGCACGAAAUGAAGAACGUGCUCGACAACGUUUAUUAGCUGAACGUGAACGUAUGAAACGUGAAGAAGAAUUACAAACAGCAUUAGCUGAAACAAAACGUAUGGCAGCUAUACGUGCAGCUGAAAUUAUGGCUAAAGAAUUACAAAAACGAUCAAAUAAUUCAAUGUAUGCUGAAUUAAAAGAUUUAGUAACUGAACAAAAAGUAUCACGUGCUUUUACAUAUUCAUAUUUUUCACUUUUACAAUUUCUUACUUCAUCUGUUUCUAAUCCAGCUGAUUAA